GGAGGGUUUCUGCUGUUUGUCAAUCCUUCAAUAUUCCCGUCAUAUACCCGGCAGUGAACACGUUCGGGUAAGCGGCACACAGUUGGGGAACUGAUCAAAGCUUAUCUUCUCUAAUCCCAAUCUACGAGUACUCCGUACUGCGGUUCCGCACCACCUAACCAGACUACCUGUUGACUCUCAUACAUAACGAGAAACGCGUGAGAAGUUCUUCAACAUUUCCUCAAGUUGUGAUCCAGAAUAGGUCUGACAAUUGUCGUUGAUCAACAGGUGAAGCAGUGUUAUCCACGGUUUCGGCAACGUCCAUCUCGAACCGACAUCCAAAUUUAUUGUCUCGGGGUUUUCUUGUUGACUACUUAUAGUCUCGGUGUUAACAAGCCGGCAAAAUACGCGAAAAUCACCCAGUCUCCAAUUGCCGUAGACUGUGGGAUAUUGCAUCUUCUCUUAUCUCCAACUUGCUUUCUGUCUGCAUGGCAUUUAUGGGUUCCCUUUGUCAAGGAACAUAGCAUCCCUGGGCAUGGUGCUCGAAAAACAGCCCGAUCAGGAACCACCCGUCCCGCAAUGGACUUCGACGCCAACUCAUAGCUUUGAAUUUGGUCAGCCCGGCGAUCUCCAGGACGAUGGACAGAAGAAACACACGGCCAACAAUCCCAGUACUUCAUUAUGGGACAAAUUCCUCGGCGUCGUUUUUUAUACACCACCAUGGUCUCGAUACGACCCAGCUAGGCCUCCAAAGUGGUCUCUCUGGUAUAAUGUAUUGUUUGCAUUUGCAGGGGCAUUCACGGUCGGCAACCUCUACUACAGUCACCCCAUCCUCAACGUUCUUGCCGAAGAUUUCAAUGUCUCAUAUGUCGAGGUGUCGAGGUUACCGACUUUGAUGCAGGCAGGCUACUGUACAGGCUUAUUGUUCGUAUGCCCUCUUGGAGACUUGUUCAAGCGCAGGCCCUUAACCUUGACAUUGAUCUUCAUGACUGCAACCAUGUGGAUUGGAUUGUGCAUAACCACAUCAUUUUCUGCCUUUUGCAUCAUUGGAUAUCUCUCUGCCAUUACCACAGUUAUUCCACAGGUCAUGCUUCCCCUCGUUAGUGAGCUCGCACCCCCUGAAGGACGCGCUCUUGCUCUUUCCAUCACCACUUCUGGUAAUCUCCUGGGCAUCGUCAUUGCACGUAUUCUUUCGGGUGUCGUCACCAACUACACUUAUUGGCGAAACAUCUUUUGGAUCGCUCUUGCACUCCAAUAUUCUAUUCUCAUUGUUCUCUGGUUUUUCAUGCCAGACUACCCGUCUUCGAACCCUGAAGGUCUCAACUAUCUCAAAAUGUUGUGGGGCAUCCUCUUCCUCUACAAGAAACACGCCGUUCUUGUACAAGUUGGUUUGAUCAGCUACUGUAUCUCAGCCUGCUUCACCUCGUACUGGACGACAUUGACAUUUCUACUGGCCGACCCGCCUUACAACUAUCCCAGCGUCAUCAUUGGUCUCUUUGGCCUGAUUGGUAUCGCCGGAAUCAUUAUGACCCCAGUGUAUGCCAAGUACAUCAUUCAACCUUUUGCGCCAACCUUUUCCUGUUUAAUCGGAUGGGCCAUCCUCCUGGUCGGAAUCGUUGUUGGAACUUAUUCAGGGCGAUACACCGUUGUCGGUCCGAUCGUCCAAGCCUUGUCUCUGGAUGCUGGAUUUCAAAUUUGUCAAGUGGCCAACCGUGCUGCCAUUCACGCGCUUGAGCCGACUGGUCGCAACCGGGUUAACACUGCCUUCAUGCUGUUGAGCUUUCUGGGCCAGAUGACGGGCACGAGUGCUGGGGCUGAACUGUACGAGAGAGGAGGAUGGAGAGCGUCGGGCAGUCUGAGCGUGGGCUUCGUGGCUCUCAUUCUAAUUCUCUCGGUGGUGCGAGGCCCCUACGAGAAGGGAUGGUUUGGCUGGUCGGGAGGCUGGGAUAUCAGGAAGCAAAACCUUGCUCAAGCAACCGAGGUCUAUGUGUCACCAGCGGCGGCCAGAUCUGGCAAGAAAGACGUUGACGUGGAAGUUCCAAUAGCUCCUGCGAUGGCUCAAGAAGGGCAAACAAACUCCCCAGCAACUCGGGCUAGAAGUGGGGACGAAGAGAACGGGCAAUUGCCUUUGGAACCUGGAAAGACGGCCGGAACGGACAAGCCGUGAUCUAGCGAAGAUUUGAAACGAGACUACGAUUGGCCAUUUUCCGUACAAGAUGGACAUUUGUUAUGCAUGAUCAAUGCUAGCAUGAUGAUUCGGCAUGAUCACACCCAUUCCUCGUGCGGUGUCCUGUUUCUAUUUCAUUGGUGAGCGCCCAUCGGACAGACUUCGGCUAGGGGGACAGCUGGAAUUCCAUUAUAUUCAGAGCUUAUGCCAGACAGGCAUCUCGGGAAUAUUAUUCACAUGGCCCAUCACUGACCACCUCAUACUCGAUGCUAGACACGGAAAGCUGGUCAUGUGCACUCUCUUCAGUCGUGCCAUGCAGGCCAAGUGAAGAUGAUAGAGGGAUCUGUAAGGCGACCGUCUCUGUACGACCAGGAUAGAAAGUCAGAUGACCCGGCGCGCGCAGAUCGGUAUCAAGGGCGAGGAUGACCGAGUUGCGUGAAGGGGUUAUGUAGAGAUUACGAGUGGCGCUAUCAGCGUUGGUAGUCAUGUCGGUGUCGGUGUCGAUGUCGAGAUUGGGAUCGGUAUCAGCAUCGACCGCUAUGUUUGGUGAUUUCGUAGAAAUAUAAUCACCACUUUGAUCGGGUUUCGGAGUCGACACGUGCGCUUCGCCGCUGACGAGGACGAAAAACCUAUUCAACAAAGUGAGGGAACGUAUGAAUGUGCGGAGC